AUGACUGGUGAAGAUGGAGCAAUAGCCGCAACUGAAAUUGAAACACAAAAAAGUAUUAAAGUCGCCACCGAAAUCGGAAACUUAUUUGAGUUAUGCAAAAAGGCUCAUGGCACGGUUCAAAACCAAGUUAAUAAAUACCAAAAAUCUGGUAAAAAUUAUGCGGAUGAAGCAUGGAAAAAAGCGGAAAAUGGUCAAAAGGAACGCGAUAAAAAUUUUGGAGAUGCGUUAAAAGAAGCCACGCCGAAAGAU